UGCUGGACGCCCCUUCAACAUGACCUGCAGAAGCUCUCAACCUUCAGCAUGAGGUGCAUCCGAUCCAUCCUCGGGGUCUCUCGGAGCCGGAUGUGGGACGAACACAUCACCAACGAAGAGCUGCUGGUGCGCUGGGGAGACUCCGAGACGAUUAAAGACAAAAUUGCACAUCGGCGGUUGGAGUGGUUGGGGCAUGUGGCGCGGAUGCCGGACAACCGCAUCCCAAAACAGGUACUGUUUGGCUCCUUCUUGCAGCGUCGCCCAGCACAUGGCCCACGCCGCAGAUGGAAGGACUGUGCUGUCCGGGAUCUACGUGCCCGUGGCGUGGAGGCAUCAUGGUAUGAUGUUGCAUGUGAGUCCCGCGCGAAGUGGCGCAGCACCUACCAAGAGCCUGACAAUGUGCCUGAGCCUCCGCCCCGAGUGGUAUGUACGGUAUGCGGACGGGAUUUUGCACGGAAAGGAGACAUGGCUCGGCAUAAAUGUCUGGAGGAGCGUGCGCGGCCUGUGUCUGAGCAGCAGGGCGCCAGUCAGUGCGGGCGGUGUGGGCGGUGGCUGAGAAGCCGUGGUGGCUUGGUCCGGCAUGUGUGUGCCUCAACGGUGGAUGCCACAGUGCCACCUGGAACUACCGGAGCGUCGGCACCGGCGAAGGGAUGUUGUGCCGCGCAUUGUGACAGGUGUGGUCACUGCUUUCGCGGUGUCCGGGGACGGGGCAGGCAUCGCUGUUCAAGGGUGGCGCAUAGACCAACAGCAGAGGAGCGCUCAGCCUUCCAGCACGUGUGCAUAUGCGGCAAGCGGAUGCGACUACCCGUGCACCUGGAGCGUCAUCGAGCGUCGUGUCCUCUCUCUCUCUCUUCUCAAGUUUCCCAGUGAUGGAAUCACGUGACCCUUUGCGGCAGUGACUCUACAGGACAGGACAGGACAGAUACGGACGCAGCGAAGCUCUCUCCUGCGCCCGCAUGCGCCGAGAUCCCACUGCUGUCAACGGAUGACACUGCAGCCCAGUCGCCAGCGACGGCGGCAGCUGAUGCUGCUGCUUCGUCAGGAGAUGGGAACAGCUCACAAGGCGGCAAGCCACCUCCAUCACCGCCAUCCUGCCUGCUCUCGGACAUGGCCUGUCUCAGCUCGUAUGAGAUUGAUGGCUUGCGACGGCUGCUGGCGAGCUGAACGUUUCCACGACGAUGGUGAGGGCGUGUCCCAAGGAGCUGGGGGAUCCUGGGGAGCUCAUGUCGACCGUGGAGAUUCUGUUGAACGAGUAUGAAAGCCGGUUUCGCGAGGACAAGGCCACUGGACAUUUUAUGCUCAUACCGGGAAUACAAUCUGAGAAUCUGCGUGUGUCGCCCGCACCAAUACCUGACAACAUUGUGGAAAUAGUUGCAGUUGAAACAGAGAUUGUAUGCAAGUUCUCAGCUGCUACUGCAUCUCCAAGAAAGACAGCAGGUAUAUCAUCUCGUGACGACCACAUUGAAGUCUGAAUUUGAAGUGCGAAGAUGCUUCAGCAACCACAUCGUACUUUUCCAUUGCUUUCAUUGUGCUUCUACUGUGCAUGUGUGUAACUUGUGGGGUAUACAUGUGAUGACAUUGUAUGCUGGCGACACGGUCAGAUUUUGUCCAUGCGUGGAACGUACACCUGCAUGUUAUGCAUCGAAAAGGAUCUGCCACUUGCGAUCCUGGGAAAAGUAUCAGGUCAGCUUUGUCUUGUGUGGGCUGCACCAGAUUGCUGUUCACUUUUCUAUCUGUUGGAUAUGUGACUUUCUGCAAGUCUCUGGUGUAUGGUGGCCACUUCUUUGCUUGUCACUUUGUAUGAUAUUACAUUCUGUAUUCGCUGCUUCCAUGGCGUGGUCUGCAAACUGCAACCCUUGGGCAAAUGUCAUGUUUGCUAUGUUGUGCUUUGGCCGUCAGCUUGUCUACACGUUGUAGUUGAAUUAUUUUUUUCCACAACUGACUUCCUGAAGUACGGUGGCCACUGCUUUGCAUGGCAUUUUA